GCCGAACAAGAAGCAAGCUGCCAGCAACCCUCCCUUGAAGAAAAAUCAGUAAAAGCUUGGUAUUUUUCCCUUCUUUUCUUGUUCUAGAACACAUAUAGAACCCAAAAAUCUUCCCCCCUCUGCAGAAAAAUCCCGGAUUUGCUCUGCUCUGUCUUCACCGUCUGCUGCUCUUGCUUGUGGGUGCGAAUUUCUUUGAUUUUUGGGUAAGAAACAGCCACUAAUUCCUUUGUUCUUCCUUGAAUUGGCUUGGGUUUACUUUGAUUUCUCUUGGUUUCUCCAAUUUUCGGUAGUUUCCCCUAAAUUUUCUGCACUUCCCGCCAGCCUCCCUAAGCCACAGCUCUGGUUUUUGCUGGAAUUCUGGUAUGUUGACAACCCCUCCAAGCCCCGAAUUUGUCCAUUAAUUACUGCCCUGUGUGUCCGAAUUUUCUGCUGGAAAUAGGGGAGAAAUUUGACAGUAAUUAGACCAUGAUUUAGCUUAAUUCAUGUAGAAAAUUAGUUUAUUUUGGCUGUUGUGAUUUUGGAGAAAAUCUCGUGAGAUUAGGUAUGGUUUUGCAAAUUUUUGGAAGUUGCAGUUACUGUCCAUUGCGUGAUUACUGUUCACGGGUUCUUGAGUGUUCUGUCACUCGAGUACUUGGCUUGAACUCCAGAUUUGAGGAAGCGAAGUCAAGGACGGCAAAAAACGAGGGGAGUGAUGAGUUAUAAGGCUAGCCAUCUUGUAAAUUGAACAUAGAUUUUAGAUAUAAAUCGUGAUCUUGUAAGCUAGACUUUAUUUUAAAAUUUUAUGAUAUCAGAGUAAAUUUUGUAAUUUUAUCUUCAGAUUUUUCGUGGUAUCAGAUUGUAGUAUGAUAUGUUCUGAGCCUUGUGCAUUCGUGGGACUCGUUCACGAGUGCACGGCAUUUGU